AUGGCUGAAUCAAGAAGUUGUCCUAGUGCAGCCAGGCCCAGGAGAAAUGGGAAAGCCACUUACGGGGAGACACCAAGGAAGAACAGAGUAUUGGUAGGUGGAAAAGCCUAUACAAGAAACCGUAAAUAUCUUCGAAGCACAAGCGAGAACAACAACCUGAACGAAUACCUUCUAGAAGAUGACACCCUCAGAUGUAGAGGGCGGAUGGCAAUGGAUGAAGUCAGCCGUCCGCAGAGAUCAGCAUCACUUGAUUCCCAGGCAACUCUGAUGGCAGCGCCGAAUUUUUCAGUAGUUGGCACGUCGUCGACGCUCUGCAAGCGCUCUUUCAUGAUGGCCCACAGGUUCUCAAUUGGCUUAUGCUUCGAGAUGCAGAAUAAGAAGAAGAAGAAGAAGAAGAAGAAGAAGAAGAAAAAGAAGAAGAAGAACGAGAAGAAGAAGAAGAGAAAAAGAAGAAGAAAAAGAAAAGAGAAGAAAGAAAGAAGAAGGAGGAGGAGAAGGAGGGAAAUGGGGGAAUAG